AUGUCCAAUAAUAAAGCCAAGAGUGAUGGUGAUCUUUCUGCAGUAUUGCUCCAAUUAUCGAAUGCGAUAACGAACAUGAAUGCAUCGUCAAUCAGAACACCGGUUGAGACAGAAACCAAAGUUACUGAAACAUUUGUUUUCGGACAAGUGGUGAAGUAUGAUGGGAUUCGUCACGUUGUGUCGUCACAACUGCUUUACUUCAUUAAUUCAUUUGAACAAUUUUGAAUCAAUUAUGCUAAUGAAGUACUACAGCAACAAUUUAAUUGUCAUGUAUUCAAAUUAGAACAAGAUGAAUAUGUACGUGAAGGUAUUGAUUGGCAAUUUAUAACGUUCACCGAUAAUCAACCGGUAAUUGACCUGAUUGAAUCAAAACCAAUUGGUAUUUUAUGUUUACUAGAUGAAGAAUGUCGUAUGCCACAAGGUAAUGAUCGUACAUGGUGUUCAAAACUAUAUAAACAAAUUACUGUUGGCGAUGUUUUUAAAAAACCAAAAUUUAAUUUUCAAACAUCAUUCAUUAUUGAACAUUUUGCCGAUGUUGUUACAUAUAAUGUUGAUGGUUUUUUGGAAAAAAAUCGUGACACAAUAUGGGAAGGACAGAUUGAUCUACUUAAACGUUCAUCGGUAGUUGAAUGUUUAUUUAUUGAUGAAUAAGCCACCAUAUAUUUGAAUAAUAUAUCGGUGAAGGAUGGCGAUACUUCCCCAUAUGAAUUAUUCUUUGGUCGUUCACCGUCACAGUAUCACUAUCGAUCGUCAGGUUGUGUCGUCAAUCAUCAACAACCAUCAUCGAAGUGUUUAUCAAAUCGUAUUUACCGUAAUAGAAGUGUUGAUCAUUUGCCAUCAUCAUCUUCAUCAUCAUCAUCAUCUACAUUCAUUCGAUCUGUCGUUAGUGAUAGCGAAUUGAAUCGUAUUGAUUCCUUCAAUCGUAUUGAUCGUCAUGAUCUUGGAAAUAGUGAGUGGAUUACAGUUAAUCGUAAAUCUCGGAAAAAACAAUCGUCGUAUUAUCAUUCUCGGAAAUGUCUCUAGAACAUCAAGGCUGAUGCAUUUUGCUUAUUCAUUUGUUUGCUCACCUUGUUUGUCUCUCAUCUUUGUCAUUUACUGUCGUCAUACAAAUCUUUAAUGGUAUUGUUUUGUUUUCUAAACGCAUUUCUUAAAAUUGUAUCUUUGUGAUCUUUAACGUGUCAUUGUAAACAGGGGAGAUUGUUGCAUCAAGUUGACUAUGACACUAUGACACCAUGAGUUGCUGGUUUUUUGUCAUGGCCAUUCAAUGUUGUUUUCAUGUUUGUUUGUUAUUAUGCUUAU